GGUGAAUUAUUGCUCAUCACGAUUUAACUAAAACGCACUUGAAGGGGCGUCGUGUCGCCGUUCCCGAUCGCCCGCCGGGAGAGCCGCGGUUAAACCCUAGCCGCGAGGUGGUUGCCGUUUGAAUUGCGAGCAGUUGCUUGUGUUUUUUUCUCAUGUUAUUUUGAUGUAUCUGGCGUCGGAUUGUUCGGAAAUUGCCGAGGUUUAGUAGUCCGAUUAGUUGGGGCUAUGAGACUCAAUACCUCUUGAUCAAGGGUGGGCGACUUGAAGUCUCUGAUUGAUACAUUGUAAAGGUUGAAGCCUUUGUUGGUUGAUCUAUUGUCCACUUGACCCUCCCUGAAGUAUGCCUCGAGUGAAAAGGCUCUAUGAGGUCUGUAAAGCAUCAUUCUCCAAUAGUGGGCCCAUAUCUGCUGAAGCUCUUGAAAAUGUACGGUCCUGUUUAGAUGAUAUUAAACCUUCUGACGUGGGACUUGAAAAGGAGGCUCAAAUAGCACGAGGGUGGAAAAUUUCCAUGAAUUCAAAUGGAAGAAGAGGGCGUAAUGGAAAUAAUCAGUGCCCACCUCCUAUCAAAUAUCUACAUGUACAUGAGUGUGAAAACUUUUCUAUUGGGAUAUUCUGCAUGCCACCUUCAUCUGUUAUUCCACUUCAUAACCAUCCAGGAAUGACAGUGCUGAGCAAGCUUCUUUAUGGGACAAUGCUUGUCAAAUCAUAUGACUGGAUUGAUACUGAGGGAUCCGUUGAUCCAUCUGAAGCUCGACCAGCAGAGCUUGUUAGAGAUGGCCAGAUGACUGCGCCCUGUGGGACAACCAUCCUCUACCCUACAAGCGGUGGCAACAUUCAUUCUUUUAAAGCAAUAACUCCCUGUGCUCUCUUUGAUGUUCUAUCACCCCCAUACUCAGCAAAUGAUGAACGUGAUUGCACUUAUUUCAAGAAGUCAAGAACAAGUUCAUCUGGUGUGUUACCUAAUGGUGUAGAUGCUUCAAAGGUGGCGUGGUUGGAAGAGUGUCAACCGUCGGAGAGCUUUGUUGUUCACAGAGGGCCGUACCGGGGCCAAAUUGUCAACAAUCAAUGAUUUCCCCAUUCACUGUAUUAUAGACUUUCAUUCCGAUGAGCUCUUUUAACAUGGGGAAAACAUGGGUUUGAUAUCUGUUUACCUGCAGCAAUAUGAUUCCAAUGACUUUUCGGCAUCUUGGUAAGUCAGGAAGCUUGUUGUGUAUCAUACACAGACAUCUGGUAUCAUUUCCACAAUCCUUUCUUUAGUCAAAGAAUGGAAGUGUUCUUCAACCAAGGAACUACUUCGGCGGUCAGAAAAAAUAAUUCAUCCAUACGCCAUCAAAGGCAUCUUUACGUGAUCUGAUCUUUGUUUCAGGUGACAUGUUCUACCUUUCUUCUCAAUCCCCUUAGUACUUUACUCAGGUUGUCGCCUAUUGCCUUAAUAGCGAACAAAAUUUUGAGUAGGAUAUGGAAAAUGCCAGUAGUAACUCAGCUUGUUUUGAGAUUUUGAAGUGAAUUCUUGGCUGGUUUAUUUGCAGGACUAUGAACUCAUCA